UGCGCAGUUCUCACCGGAAGUGUUGCCUGGUCCCGCCCCCCACGCACUUCCGGGGGUUGGGUCGGGCCUUCUCGCUGUCGGCGGCCGGCUGUGCGGUGCGGGGGACGGCGGCGACGCUAUGGCCGGGAUCAAAGCUUUGAUUAGUCUGUCCUUUGGGGGAGCAAUUGGACUAAUGUUCCUAAUGCUUGGGUGUGCGCUUCCACAGUACAAUAGCCAAUACUGGCCACUGUUUGUUCUGUUUUUUUACAUCCUUUCUCCUAUUCCAUACUGCAUAGCAAGAAGAUUAGUAGAUGAAACAGAUGCUACAAGUAAUGCUUGCAAGGAACUAGCAAUAUUUCUUACAACAGGCAUUGUUGUCUCAGCAUUUGGACUACCUAUAGUAUUUGCCAGAGCACAACUGAUUUUGUGGGGAGCAUGUGCACUCGUCCUCACAGGGAAUACUGUCAUCUUUGCUACUAUCCUAGGAUUUUUCUUGGUCUUUGGCAGCAAUGACGACUUCAGCUGGCAGCAGUGGUGAAAGGAGUUUCGUACAGAACUAUCGUAGACAUCUCAUCAUUCAGUGGCCAUCCAUACAAAUGAGAGAAUGGGCAAUAAGGAGAAAUAGCAUAGCAAGCCUUUGGUGUAUUUUAGGUACUCCUUUUCACCUUGUUUAUUGUUAAGUGUACUAUAUUCACUGACUUGUUGAUGGAUUUCAAGGUUUCUGUUGUUUGGAAAGACACUUUGUUUUCACUUCUUUUUAUUUAAAUAUGUUUAGUAUCUCACUUCAUUAAAAAUUGUAACUGUUGGUUCCAUUCUGUUUUUGUAUUUAUGCUACAUAUAAAUGCUAGAACAAGAAUUUUUAAAUAGUUUCCUUGAGAGAGGUUUUAAAGAUACAUUUUAUCUUUUUUUUUCUUUUGAGCAUGGUGACUAAAAUAUGAUGUACAAAGGAGACAAAGUAAGCAGUUGUGCUGCCAAAAUGCAACAUUGUCAAUAAGCAAAUAUGUGGAUUGUCAGUGUGUUUUGGUGGGGGGUAUGUGUACUGGAUGAGAGUACCAGUUGUAGACUGUUCUGCUCAUACUUCACUACAACUGAAGUGUUGAUGCCACUAGCUUGGGGAUGGGGCAGCUAUUCUGCCAAUAAGCAGGUAAUUAUUUUCUGGGAUCUGAUUCCUAUGUUUUUAACACCCUUAAAGGAGUACUUCCCAUUUUUUGUUCUCAACUCUUCUGUGGGUGUGACAUACAAAUCUCUUAUAUCUAAGUUUAUUGAUGCUAUAAAAUGCAAUAUUUAAAUUGCAUUGGUGAGAAAAGAAAACUGACAUUUAAUUCCAUUUUCAAAAAUAUCAGUGUUGAAAUGUUUGUAUUUAUAAGUAUUGUAUGUUUUUGUUCUUAUGUCAACUUUUCACACUUUACCAAAGGGGAGGUAAAAUGUUCAUUUAUGGAACUACUGAUGUAUGUUUGCAGCGUAUACAAAAUAUUUUUCCCGCUUCCCUUUUUUAAUUUAUUUUAUACAUAGUAUAUAUUGAGUAAAAUGGCUUUUCAAAUGUAGACUAACACUUAAAUCAUAGGUAUUUAACUUGCGUAAGAAAAUUGAUUGCUAUAUUAAUAUACAGUACAGUCAAAGCACAACUUUUUUGCAAGUGUUUGACUGAAAUGAUUUCCUAGUAACUUUGUCAGUCUUUCAGUUCAUGCAUUAUUUAACAGUAAUGUUAUCUGUAAUAAUUGUAGUUCUUGUUCCAUAAGGCUAUGUCACCCAUAAUUUACAAUAUUUAAGUUUUCUGCAUACCUCUCAAUUGUCUGUCUUUAAUUGAUGCAAAUCCUAUUUAUUAGACGUUAGUUGUGAUACACAGUAGAUUAAUGCAGAUUAGCCAGGCUUGAUUAUAUUAGAUGCAUCAAUAAAGCUGACCAAAAAUACUUCUAAAAUCUAUUUUUAGUCAACUUUUUUUUUUAAAAAUGAAGAUUAGAAAGCUAACUGUGCAGGUAUGAUAAAAAUUGAUUACUUAGGUCUUAAUUACUCUGUGCUUUUUUAUACUGAAGCACUGGUAAGUGGAUCUUGGCUUAUCUUGUUUGAAAGGGGAUUCUUUUAUUUACACGGACGUAAACGAACUAUAAAACUAUUUCAAGUCUGAUUAUCAUGUGAUCAUCAAGUUACAUAUGUGAUAUUGUAUGUUCAAGAUAUUUAGUCUAGUGUGUAGAGCUACCUGUCAGUCUAUUAAGGCCACACAAUGUUGUGGGUAAGAGCUUUGAGCAAUAUUCCCCAUAGCUGUAAAGGAACUGAAGAAUAAAGUCUAGGUGUGCAGAUAGUGAAUCUUUAGCAGAUAGCGUUUCAGCCACCUGUAAAGACGUGCAACAGAAGAAUCUGAGUAAGGUGGACAUUUUCAAAAGUGCCUAAGUGAGUUAGAAGCAUGUCUCAUUGACUUUCAGUGGGACCUGUUCACCUAAAUACCUUACAUGCUUUUGAAAAUCUUCUAAACCAGUGGCUAAUGAUAGUACUUGCCUUCACACAAAAGGUAGCACUUGUGACUUUGACAACUCCUCCCAGAUUCUUGAAUUUUUUUAUGACCUGACCCAGUCAAUUGCCCAAGAAAUGAGUUCUGUUUUUCCCAUGCCCACAUUGCUUUCCUAGUUGUCAAUGUAAUACCCUGCUACUCUUCCACUUGGUCACAGAAUUUUUUAUAUUUAAUAGCUGUGUAUUUUUCUGUUCAUUGCAUUGACAGCAUUGUGUUCUUGACCUUGCACACUAAUUAGACAUAGUGCUGUCUCUGGUUUCUAGGCUAGACACUUGAGAGGUAUGAUUUUUCCAUAUAAUAUGCACUGAAAUAGCAUUGCCAUCCUUCUAUAGAGAACUUUUAAUGAUGAAACAAUAAACAUUUUAAAUAUCA